GGACAUUCAAUUUCUGCCCCUCUUUAUAAAUUAAUACCCCCUUCAAAUUAUAGCUGUGCACUGUUGUCUCUACAUUCUAGGGUUUUCUCUACUUUUAACUUAAAAAGGAGCGGUUCUGGUCUCUAUUCUUCUUCGUCGACCGCUCCUCUUGAAAUUUCCCCUUUCCUUCCCUCUAAUUUCUUGGAAUUCUCACGCUCACAUCACUGAAUUUUCCUUUCCCACAAACAGCCCCUUAGGAUAUUUCUCUAUAUCUUCACUAUCACAACAUUUCCCCAAGCCUCUUUGUCUUUAGAGGAAAAAAUCCACAAAUUGCAUUUCCCUCCCGACGAACACCCCCCCCCCCCCCCAAAGUUCGGUUCGCAAUUAUCCAAUGCAACUGUCCGUUCCCACCGAAACCAAUUCAAAUGCCCUCCAAAACCUCGAAAACCCUGGAUCCCCAAAACCCACUUUGACAGAAGCUAAUUCUUCCUCUGCAGCUGCGGCUUUGGCGGCGGCGAAUGAUGAGGACAACAAUAAAAGUGAUGAUAAUCUGGAUGACGAAUUGGUUCUCGAUGUUACGGGAAAAACCAUGGAAUUUGAUUUAUUAGAGAAGGUCGACGAUUCCGUGGAGGGGUUGUAUUUGUACAAGAAUGUAUUUAGUUUCGUUCCGAGAUCUGUGGGAAGGCUGGGGAAAUUGAGAACGUUGAAGUUCUUUGGAAAUGAGUUGAAUUUGUUUCCAGUGGAAUUUGGGAAUUUAGUGGGAUUGGAGCGCUUGCAAGUAAAAGUUUCAACGCCAGAGCUGAAUGGGUCGGGCUUGAAUAAAUUGAGAGGGUUGAAGGAGCUUGAGCUGUCAAAAGCUCCGCCUAGACCUUCUGUUUUCACGGUUUUGAGUGAGAUUGCUGGGCUGAAGUGCUUGACCAAGCUUUCUGUUUGUCAUUUCUCCAUAAGAUACAUUCCUCCAGAAAUUGGAUGCUUAAAUAGCCUGGAGUACUUGGACCUCUCAUUCAACAAAAUAAAGAGUUUGCCUAUUGAACUUAGUCAUUUAAAUGCAUUGAUAUCACUGAAAGUUGCGAAUAAUAAAUUAGUUGAACUGCCCUCCGAGUUGUCCUCAUUGCAAAGAUUGGAGAACUUGGACCUGUCAAAUAAUAGGUUGGCGUCAUUGGGGUCUCUUCAACUUGACUUAAUGCAUAACCUUCAGUAUUUAAAUCUUCAGUACAACAAGCUUCUCAGUUGUUCUCAAAUACCAGCAUGGAUAUAUUGCAAUUUGGAAGGAAAUGGCAAGGACUUGUCGAACGAUGAUUUCAUCAGUUCUUCAGUUGAAAUGGAUGUGUAUGAAACCUCCAUUCAAUCUGACAAUAGAAAUUUUUCUUGUAAUGGUUCUCUUAAUGCUGCAUCAAGCAUAUUAAUGGGAUCUUCAUCGAACAGUAGAUGCUUUGCCGCUCGGAGGUCAAGUAAGCGGUGGAAACGUCGUCACUUUUUGCAACAGAGAGCUCGCCAUGAACGUUUGAACAACAGCAGGAAGUGGAAGGGUGAAGGGCAUACUGAAUUAUUGACUCCAAAGGAAACUGAUAAUUCCAAAUCAGAUAACCUCAAUGUGCUUACCUCUGAAAAUUGUGGAGGUACCUCAGACAUCAUAGGCCUGGAUGAUGACAGUGAAGAUAAAGUAGUACAUCCUGGUGAAGUUGAAGCUGCAAAUUUACAUGCUAGUGAUGAGGGUGAUAGAAUCAGUUCUGAGAAUGGGUUUCACACAGAAAAUUGCUCGUGUGACCUUGAAACUAUAGGUAAAGGUGGGGAAGAUCAGUGUUGUGUGCAUGAAAAAUCUUUAGCCUUGACAUGGAAUGGAGCUGGUGGGGAAGACAAGGGUUCAUCUUCAGAAAAGCCCAACUUCAAUUUUAAGUCAAAGAGGCAUUCUGAUAGGGAUCUUGAUAAUCCAAAACCAUUCAAGUGUCGAAGGCCAACAGGAGAUAGGUCGAGUUUAUCCUGCAAGUAUAGUGAACUAUCAUUUUGUAGCAUUGAGGACCAUCUUCCAGAUGGCUUUUAUGAUGCAGGACGUGACCGGCCUUUCAUGCCACUAAGGAGCUAUGAACAAAUUUUGCAUCUUGAUUCACGCGAGGUCAUUCUUUUGGACAGGGAGAAGGAUGAAAAGUUAGAUGCAACAGUUCUAUCUGCCCAAGCUUUGGUCUGCCGCUUGAAGAGAUUAAAUGGUUUUGUCAAGGAGAGGAAUAAGGUUGCUGUUGAUAACUUGCAGAUUGCCUCACUGCUUGCACUUUUUGUAUCUGAUCAUUUUGGAGGCAGUGACAGAAGUUCUACUGUUGAAAGGACACGAAAAGCUGUGUCUGGUUCAAACUAUAGUAAGCCAUUUGUUUGCACAUGUUCAACUGGAAAUGAUGAUGGUAUUAAUGCGUCAAAAAAUAUUUUGGGCACUUCAGAAGAUAUAAUUUUCUCUGAUCUCUGCGAGAAAUCUUUGCGUUCUGUUAAAGCAAGAAGAAAUUCCAUCAUAGUUCCUCUAGGAAAUUUGCAGUUUGGAAUUUGUAGGCACAGAGCCUUGCUAAUGAAGUAUCUAUGUGACCGAAUGGAGCCAUCAAUACCCUGUGAACUUGUCAGGGGUUAUCUGGACUUUGUGCCGCAUGCCUGGAAUAUCAUUCUCACAAAGAGGGGUGAUACAUGGGUUCGCAUGUUGGUGGAUGCAUGUCAUCCUCAUGAUAUAAGGGAAGAGACUGAUCCGGAGUAUUUUUGCAGGUACAUUCCACUCAGUCGGACCAAAGUUUCUCGUUCAACUGAGAGCAUGCCUGAUCCUGGUUGUUCUAUAACUUCUUUCUCCACGUGUGAUGAAUUAGAAAAAACUGUUUCUAGUACCAUUAUUGAAUGCAAGCUUGGAUCAGUUGAAGCUGCAGCAAAGGUGCGUUCUUUAGAGAUACGUGGGACUUCAGUGGAUGAGAUUAGGAAUUUCGAGUACAACUGCAUUGGGGAAGUAAGAAUCUUAGGUGCUUUGCAACAUCCCUGCAUAGUUGAAUUGUAUGGACAUCAGAUAUCUUCAAAGUGGGUUCAUUCAGAAGAUGGAAAACCGCAGCGCCAGAUAUUAGGGUCUAUGAUUCUUAUGGAGCAUGUUAAGGGGGGAUCUUUAAGGAUUUACAUAGAGAAGAUGUCAAAAACUGGCGAGAAGCAUGUACCAGUGGAUUUAGCUUUGUGUAUUGCUCGAGAUGUUGCAUGUGCAUUGGCAGAGCUGCACUCGAAACACAUAAUUCAUCGCGAUGUGAAAAGUGAAAAUAUUUUGAUUGAUUUAGACAGUAAGAGAGCUGAUGCAAUGCCUGUUGUGAAACUCUGUGAUUUUGACAGAGCUGUACCUCUUAGGUCAUUCUUGCAUACAUGUUGUAUUGCUCAUAGAGGAAUACCACCACCUGAUGUUUGUGUUGGAACACCUCGCUGGAUGGCUCCAGAGGUUCUGCAGGCAAUGCAUAAACGUAACCUAUAUGGUUUGGGAGUGGAUAUUUGGUCAUAUGGGUGCCUGCUUUUGGAAUUAUUGACUUUGCAAGUUCCAUACUCUGGCUUAUCUGAAUUCCACAUCAAUGACCUUCUUCAGAUGGGCAAACGACCACCAUUAACUGAUGAACUGGAAAGAUUAGUAUCAAUGAAUGAGCCUGCAGCCACCCAGUCUGGCUCAGAUGUGGCAGGGCCUGAGGCUGAAUUGGAAAAUCUAAAAUUCCUUGUUGAUUUGUUCAUUCGAUGCACAGAAGGAAAUCCAGCUAACCGUCCCACAGCAACUGAAAUCUAUGAAUUGUUGCUUGUGCAUACAAAUACUUUCACUAGUUCAAGGAAUUAGGUGCAUGUGUAGAUUAACCUUUAGGAAAUAGUUCAUUCCUAGUCCCAAAUUUUUGUAGCCCUAGAAUGUUGUAUUACUAUAUUUAAUAUUUAUUUCCUUUCAAAUCAAUUGGUUGGGCUUAUCCUGAAUUUGUUAUAGCAUAAUUGUAGUUACAGGUUUAGGAUUAGCAUCAUGAGCUUUAUUCAGUGUGACUUUGCCCAGGAUUUAGAUUCAAAUCAACACAUUCUGCCCCUGUAAUCUAAUUGGGAUCAUUAAAUUUUGUAUGGGUUGUGCAUUUGUAAGCUAACCUAUUUAAAUUAUUACAUCUAUCAAUGUUGGAUUUGUUUGAA